AUGUCCAGUAUCUUCCGAUCCUUCCGAUCGAGUACACCUCUUUCGCCCUUUGCCUCACCAAUACGUACCUUUACCAGUACACCCAUACACCUAGCGAAAGCACUCCCACCUCGACCGAAACCUCCACCUGAGUCCGAGAUCGAAGAAUCAUACGUCAAAGGUAGUGGACCAGGUGGUCAAAAGAUUAACAAAACCAAUUCUGCGGUCCAGCUCAAGCACAUACCCACAGGCAUAGUCGUCAAGUCACAGGCAACCCGUUCAAGAGACCAGAAUCGAAAACAUGCUCGCGAACUGCUUGCCCAGCGUGUCGACGAGCUACGAAAUGGUGACCAGAGUCGGUCAGCCAUUGUCGGUCGUGUAAAGGAAAAGAAAGUCGCGAGUGCCUCCAAGAAAAGUCGCAGAAAAUACAAGAAGCUUGAGGAAGAGAAGGCAAUUGCCGCAGCUUCAGUUGAAGCCCUGCCAGAGGCGACCUCUGACUUAUCUACAGAAAAAGCUUCAGCUGCAGACGAAGCAGCGAGUUCCGAAGCUGUUCAGUCCCCCGAUACCCCAAACAAACUGGCCUGA